CGGGCCGGUAUCGUCGCACUUUCGUCUAGCUUUCCGGCAAGGACAAACGGCCAAUAACGGACCAAAAUUAUCGCACGCAUCAAGUUUCGCAGGCGCGCACGCUGCAAACAACAAAAAAAAAAAAAACAUCCCUCCCCGAUCGGUUGGGGUGACGUUCGGCCGUGCGUUCGGCACAAUUCCGGGUGGCCGGAUACGGAAACGCUGGUUGCAACUCCGGUGCAACCGGUGGUCGUGAUGUACGUUGGCGAUACGCUGCACACACCUGCAGCUGCACAGUUGAUGGGUGGAUGCGCGCGCGAUACCAUCGAUCAUACGGUACGGUGCUGCAUGGCGGUGCGGGCAGCACUACACCACACACUACAGGGUCAUCCAAUAGCAAAAGGGGUCCAAAAAUAGUUUGUUAGCAGAAUAACCAGCUCGUGUCGGUUUCCGCGGUAACGCUGGUCGAAGGUCGGUGUUUUAGUAGAUGGAAAAUCGGUUUGUUUCGUUAGGUGGCUUGAAAAAAUUCAAACACACUCUCAAACACAAUUUGAAUGCCUGGUGGUUGGCACAGCUAUACGAGUGCUGUUGUGCUCAAUCAGGAACUUAAUCAACUCGCCAACACGUCGCUGAAGGAGCGAGAUUGAUUUAGCACGAGAUUAACGUCCGUUCGUCCGUUUCACAAAUUGCAUCCAGGUGCAUAGCCCGGAUGUAGUGCAUACGGGUGCAUUCCAGCGUGGCAGCAAAUUCAAAUGAUAACGUGUAUGUGUUAAUGUGUGUGUGUAUGCUUAUAAUGUAAGUGUGUAUAUGUGCGUAUGUGUGCAUAUCAGUGCAAAAGUUUAGCUGUGUUCUACUUCGUAUCGGGCCACGCGUCGGUAGAGCAGUGUUUGUGUUCCUGUUUUAGAUAUAAAACGGGAAAAAAGCAUAUUUGUGUUUCUACAGUGUACAUGUGCGUGCGGGUAAUGUUUACAGCCAUUUUGAUGUGAUAGAAAAAAAAGAAAAACCGUCGCUUUCCCGGUCGUGCAUUUCGUGGAUGGAUGGAAUGCUUCCUGUCACUUGCAUUCUACACUUGCAUUCGCUAUGCAACUCGGUGGGAACUAAAUGUCUGUGAUAUCUUUUUUUUUUACCAUCGUGUGCUUGUGUAUGUGUGUGUGUGUGUGUGUCUGUGUCUGUGUAUAGAUAAGACACUCGUGCGAAGAAUUCUUUCUACAGCCCCAUUUAAACGCUUUGCAAAUAAGUGUACUUUUGCUUUUGGAAGAAAUAUACAAACCUGUCAGGUGUUUUUUUUACGGAAAGGAAAAUAUUCGUAGCAGGUAGUUCGAUCGUCUAAUUCUCCUGUUGAAUGUAGGCCCCAGCAGCAAGCGAGUAAUUUGUGUAGUGCGUAGCAAACGUGUGCGCCGUGAGGAGAAGCAUCCUCCCUUCUUAGACCUCCCAUAAUUUAGCGGGUACGUGACAGGAACUAUAAAUAAAGUGUGUCCGAAAGCCUGUAACGCAAUCAGGAGCGUUUUUCUUGUGGAGUUUUUCCCGCCUUAACCCCCCUACUCUUCAGACCGAUCUUUCCGGCUUUCAUGCAAAGAAAUUGAAUCUGGUGCGCGUUUUGACGACGGUUUUUCGGGUGAACCACAAAGCGGACAAACACGAAGGAAAGCAAACAGCGAGAAAAGGGAUCCUCCAGAUUGACAAAUUGGAAUCGAGCACGGUAGGGGGUUCGGGAUCGAGAGCGUUUGAUAAUUUGCAUUUUUCGGCUACAAGAAUUUCUGGGGCAAAUUCGAUUCCACCAAGACGACUAACGGGAGGGUUUUUUUCCGUUGUUGUAUCUUCCACCUAUUCUGCUACUGUUUCGGGUGUACGCGACCAGAUUUCGGACAUUAUGGAUGCGAAACGGGCAGCCUAAAUAUUAUCGAAGCCCGUGAUUUAUCCCGGUCGUGAUCCUGCUGGAACGCAGACGUUGGGUGGGAUAUCGUUUCGCCGUUCAUUUUCCCACUGCCACUUCCCACUUCGGAAAAGAUUUGAAGCGAAAUGUGAAUUAUGGAGUAAUCGAUAGUGGAAGAAGUGGAUAGAAAAGGUUCUGGUACGGUAUCAUCGUGCUGUAACAAGUGACAGGAAAAAGGAAAGAAAACACUUCAGAAAACCCGAAGCAAAGGAGCAACCGCGAAUCUGAAAAAACGAACGUGUCGCCUUACGGUUGAGUCCCAGAAAUCUCACCAUCACUAACCCUCACCGUUGUUGUCUAACAAUCCGUGUAAGAAGGUGUGAAGAAGCAACUGUCCCGGGCUGUUUGAACGGGGUAAAAGGAUUCGCAAAUUUAACCUUUUUUCCCUAAAGCCACGACCACUUUUAGCACAACACGUAGGCACAACACUUACGUGCGUUGUACACAUCCCGCGUGUGCUCAUCGCAACCAGGUCCGCAAACCGUUCACAGAUGGAUUACCAAGAUGGCGUACUGGCCCACUGGAAUGGGUUUGUUACCGGCCUGAAAUGAUGUUCGACUACCAAGGGAUCAGUUGACACUGUUUGAGCAACUUACGAAGCACGCACGGCACUAGCUAAAGAUGAUUGGAAGUGUAGGAGGUCGACAUAUGUCGACACGGCGACGGGGCUCAUCCCCGAUGGUGCGCCUAGGGAACAAUCUUAACCUGCAGCUGGAACCUCCCGAUGGUCUCAAUACACCGCGGGUGUCACCGAGGCGAAGGCGAGCAGUGACCACCAGUGACCAUAAAAGCUGUGCAUUAAUUCAAACAAGACUGAAACUAGGGGACAUCAUGUUAGCUGCGGCUCAAGAAGCGGCGCUCGCAGGUCAGACCUCGAACGGGACACAGUUUGGACGCAAAGGAGGCCACUAUUUAGCUGAUAGAAUGGGUGGCCCCAGCAGUCAAGGGGGUCAGCCUCUGGCUGGAGGCGGACCCACCUCGUUAUUUAUUUUAUCAGAAGACAACAUCAUUAGAAAAUACACACGAUUCAUAAUUGAAUGGCCUCCGUUCGAGUACGCUGUGCUGCUGACAAUCAUUGCCAAUUGCGUGGUAUUGGCUCUGGAGGAGCACUUACCUCAUGGGGACAAGACGAUACUUGCUCAGAAGCUGGAAAAAACGGAAGCAUACUUUUUGGGCAUCUUUUGCGUCGAAGCAUCACUGAAGAUCCUCGCCUUAGGGUUUGUUAUGCACAAACACUCCUACCUCAGGAACAUAUGGAACAUAAUGGAUUUUUUCGUCGUAGUUACGGGAUUCAUCACAUUGUUCCCCCAAAAGGGACCGGAAGUAGAUCUGAGAACACUAAGGGCGAUCCGUGUGUUAAGGCCCUUAAAAUUAGUUUCUGGAAUUCCUAGUUUACAAGUAGUCUUAAAAUCAAUCAUCAAAGCCAUGGCGCCAUUGCUGCAGAUAGGAUUGUUGGUCUUGUUUGCAAUUGUUAUCUUUGCAAUCAUAGGCUUAGAAUUUUACUCCGGUGCGCUGCACAGGAGUUGUUAUAGCUUAGAGGAUAUCUCUCAAAUAGUGAAAGAGGGCGAAUUUCCUACGCCUUGCAAUGCAGAUAACGAUACGAUAGCACCGACCGGUGCGUAUGUCUGUAACAGCAGCGACAGCACCUGCAUUGAGCAGUGGGAAGGACCCAACUUUGGCAUCACUAGCUUCGAUAAUAUCGGUUUCGCCAUGUUAACCGUAUUUCAAUGCAUCACCAUGGAGGGCUGGACGGCGAUACUGUACUGGACAAACGAUGCGCUCGGUUCGACGUUUAAUUGGAUCUACUUCGUGCCGCUCAUCGUGCUGGGGUCCUUUUUCAUGCUUAAUCUAGUUCUCGGUGUGCUCAGCGGAGAGUUUGCAAAGGAGAGGGAAAAAGUAGAAAACCGCCAAGAGUUUCUGAAGCUACGUAGGCAACAGCAGCUAGAAAAAGAACUAAACGGCUACGUCGAGUGGAUUUGUAAAGCGGAGGAGGUAAUUCUGGCCGAGGAGCGCACCACCGAGGAGGAACGGUUGCACAUUAUGGAAGCCCGGAGACGUGCUGCGGCCAAACGGAAAAAACUGAAAAAUCUCGGCAAAUCUAAAUCGACAGACACCGAAGAGGAUGAUCCGGAUGAUGAUUGUGGUGAUGACGGAUAUCUUAAAGCCAAAGUGAAAACGCAGGGAAAAUGUAAAGGAUUCUGGCGAGCGGAGAAGCGAUUCCGGUUCUGGAUUAGACACACGGUGAAAACGCAAUGGUUCUACUGGUUUGUCAUAGUGCUGGUAUUUUUCAACACCGUCUGUGUGGCGGUUGAACACUAUGGACAACCGAACUGGUUAACACAGUUUUUGUAUUACGCGGAGUAUGUGUUCCUCGGACUAUUCAUGAUGGAGAUGUGGAUCAAGAUGUAUGCACUAGGGCCAAGGAUUUACUUUGAAUCAUCAUUCAACCGGUUCGAUUGUGUCGUCAUCAGUGGUUCAAUAUUCGAAGUGGUGUGGUCUGAAGUGAAGGGAGGAUCGUUCGGUUUGUCUGUGCUGAGAGCAUUACGAUUAUUGCGAAUAUUUAAGGUCACCAAAUACUGGUCCUCGCUGCGUAAUCUUGUCAUCUCGCUGCUCAAUUCAAUGAGAUCCAUCAUUUCGUUGCUGUUCUUGUUGUUCCUGUUCAUACUGAUCUUCGCACUGCUCGGCAUGCAGCUAUUUGGUGGUCAGUUCAAUCUACCGGAUGGUACACCGCCGACGAACUUCAAUACGUUUCCGAUCGCACUGCUAACCGUGUUCCAAAUUCUCACCGGUGAAGAUUGGAAUGAAGUCAUGUAUCAGGGCAUUGAAUCGCAGGGCGGUCACAAGAAGGGCAUGAUCUACUCGCUGUACUUCAUCAUUCUGGUGCUGUUCGGUAACUACACGUUGCUAAACGUAUUCUUGGCUAUCGCUGUCGAUAAUUUGGCCAACGCGCAAGAGUUAACUGCCGCCGAGGAGGAACAGCUUGAGGAGAACAAGGAAAAACAGCAGAUGGAGCUGGACAAGGAAAUGGAGGCACUGCAGAUGCAAACGGACGGUUCGCCGCCACGCGUUGAAGUGUCGUCUCCAUCGCCCACGAGAGGUAAUGGAAGCAGUGGUAGCACGAAGGGAAAGAAAAAGGACGAAGACAAGGAGGAGGACGAUGAUGACAUACCGGAUGGGCCGAAACCGAUGCUGCCAUACUCAUCCAUGUUUGUGCUGUCUCCAACUAAUCCUAUACGUUGUGCGGCUCAUUGGGUAGUAAACUUACGGUACUUUGACUUUUUCAUCAUGGUCGUCAUCUCACUGUCAUCGAUCGCACUAGCCGCCGAGGACCCGGUCGAGGAAGAUUCGCCACGCAACAAAAUACUCAACUUCUUCGAUUACGCCUUUACCGGCGUGUUCACGAUCGAGAUGUUACUAAAGAUCGUCGAUCUCGGUGUGAUACUGCACCCGGGCAGCUAUCUGCGCGAGUUCUGGAACAUUAUGGACGCCGUCGUCGUUAUCUGUGCUGCCGUCAGCUUCGGCUUUGACAUGACCGGCAGCAGUGCCGGUCAGAACCUUUCCACAAUCAAAUCGUUACGGGUGUUGCGCGUGCUGCGUCCGCUGAAAACAAUCAAACGUGUGCCAAAGCUGAAGGCAGUGUUUGAUUGUGUUGUCAACUCGCUCAAGAACGUCAUCAACAUCCUGAUCGUUUACAUACUGUUCCAGUUCAUCUUUGCCGUCAUCGCGGUACAGCUGUUUAAUGGGAAAUUUUUCUACUGCACCGACGACAGCAAACAUACGAGCGAAGAGUGCAAGGGGCACUUUUUCGUGUACGAUGGUGCUGAUCAACUGCCACGAAGAGAACCAAGGGAGUGGAAGACACAAAGCUUUCACUACGACAAUGUGGCAACCGCCAUGUUAACACUCUUUGCCGUACAAACGGGCGAAGGCUGGCCUCAAGUGCUUCAAAACUCGAUGGCCGCUACCUACGAAGACAAGGGUCCAAUCCAAAACUUUCGUAUAGAAAUGUCCAUAUUCUACAUAGUGUACUUCAUAGUGUUUCCAUUCUUCUUUGUUAACAUAUUCGUGGCCUUGAUUAUCAUUACAUUCCAAGAGCAAGGUGAAGCGGAACUACAGGAUGGUGAGAUAGAUAAAAAUCAGAAAUCGUGCAUAGACUUUACGAUAGGUGCUAGGCCUCUGGAGCGUUACAUGCCAAACAAGCGGAAUAGUUUUAAAUACAAGGUGUGGCGCAUCGUCGUCUCGACGCCAUUCGAGUACUUUAUAAUGAUGCUGAUCGUGUUCAAUACGUUACUGCUGAUGAUGAAGUAUCACAAUCAAGGAAAAGAGUUUGAGAAAUCGUUAAAAUAUCUCAACAUGGGAUUUACCGGGAUGUUUAGUGUUGAAACGAUACUGAAAAUAAUAGGAUUUGGCGUAAAGAAUUUUUUCAAGGACCCUUGGAACAUAUUCGAUUUUAUAACAGUUAUCGGAAGUAUUAUCGACGCUUUAGUUCUAGAAUUAGGGGAAAACUCCUUCAACGUUGGAUUCCUAAGACUGUUUCGUGCCGCACGAUUAAUCAAACUACUGCGACAAGGUUAUACAAUACGUAUAUUACUUUGGACAUUUGUUCAAUCAUUCAAAGCACUGCCAUAUGUCUGUUUGCUGAUUGCCAUGCUAUUUUUUAUCUACGCAAUUAUUGGCAUGCAGGUAUUUGGGAAUAUUGAGCUAGAUCCUGAAUCAUCUAUUACUAGACACAACAACUUCCGCUCAUUUGUCCAAGGGCUGAUGCUACUGUUCAGGUGUGCUACGGGCGAGUCGUGGCCGAACAUUAUGCUGGCAUGUCUCAAAGGGAGACCGUGUGACCCGAGAGCUAACAAACCGAACGAAACGUGCGGUUCGACACUGGCCUACGCAUAUUUCGUGUCGUUUAUCUUCUUCUGUUCGUUUCUUAUGUUGAACCUGUUCGUGGCCGUUAUUAUGGAUAACUUUGACUAUCUAACGCGUGAUUCCAGUAUUCUUGGCGCACAUCAUCUGGACGAGUUCGUUCGGAUAUGGGCAGAAUAUGAUCCUAAUGCUACGGGUAAAAUUCACUACACUGAAAUGUAUGAUAUGUUGAAAAACAUGGAUCCUCCCUUGGGAUUUGGUAACAAAUGUCCCAACCGACUCGCCUACAAAAAGCUCAUACGCAUGAACAUGCCGCUCGAUGCAGAGGGAAAGGUCGCGUUCACCACAACAUUGUUUGCGUUGAUACGGGAAAACCUCAACAUCAAAAUGAGAACUGCCGAGGAGAUGGAUCAAGCCGACAUGGAACUGCGGCACACAAUCAGCCACAUCUGGCCGCUGCAGGCGAAAAAAAUGCUCGACCUGCUCGUACCGCUUAACGACGAGCUGAAUACAGGCAAGCUUACCGUGGGGAAGAUUUACGCCGGUUUGCUGAUAUUGGAAUCCUGGCGCAACACCAAGUUUGGCCAGGUCGAAUCGGAUCUACCGGGAAAUGAAGCAAGCAUUAAUAGCCCAACGGCCAGACAGCCGAAACCGUCCCUGUUCAGUACGAUCCUGGAUAUGGCGGUGAUGGAGAAGUCGGGUGGUUCGCGUACCGGGUCGCUGAGCCUAGAGAAUGGCGAAGGAGUCAGCUCGCAGACCCACCUGCUCUAUGGUCACGGUACCAACGGGGACCUGCAUGGCAGUAGUUUGGCCAGUUUGGCGCGCCGCACCACGAUGCGCAAGCGGUCCUUCAGACUCGUGAAGCUCUUAGAGCUUCAGGAUGUAUCGAGACAACCGUCCCUUGAGUCGCUGGCACCCGCGGAUGGACAUCUGCAUCCAGGGCACGCUUACCACAACGGACAUCGUAGGUCACCGAGCCUGAGACGGGAGUCUCCGCUGGUGCGCACACCGAGUCCGCGGAAGCGGCAUCAUCAGCAUGAGAUCGGAUUCUCCGACACCGUGUCGAAUGUGGUGGAGAUACAAAAGGAGGAACACAGACGUGGUAGGCAUCAUUUCGGCUAUGCGCACAGGCACAACCGAGGUUCCUGGUCAGCCUCAACCAGCCCCGCCCGUUCGCCGUCGCCCAGUCGUUUUGGUGUACAUAGUAGUGCCCAGCAUCGCAGUAGUAAAGACCGUUCCAAAAACCACCUUGUCCAUCAACCGUACGAUACGACGAUCCUCUGCGAACGGUCGCGUUCGCCCAGCCCGGCCCAGCUACUGCAAGAGCUGCGUGACCGGGACCAGGCCCGGCGGAAGUACCGCAACGGAAUGGGUUCUUCAGGGUCUCAUGUGCAGCAUAGCUAUCCUGUGCUUGUAACACGUCGCCAGGGCCAUGGACGUCGGUUACCACCAACACCAUGCAAACCUUCGACGUUACAGCUGAAGCAAACGAACAUAAACUUCCCUAAGCUGAAUGCUAGCCCUACUCACACUGGUCACUCGUCUCACAAUACGCCCCACAGCGUCCACUCACUCCCCCAGUCGCGUGAGUUCCUCCGGGAGCCCAGGGAACGCGAUCGUGAACGAGAUCGGGAUCUGUACUAUCGCGAAAGGGAUCGAGAACGGGAUCGGGAACGGUUCCGCAACAGUCGUGAACGUAGUCACGAAGAUUAUAGCGUCCGGUACGAGUUUCGUGAUCGCGAGCGAGAACUCUACGAGCGUGAACGGGAAAUAGAGCGCGAAUUUGAACGCGAGUACGAGAGAAUGGAACACUCGGUACCGUUGUCGUACGAGCAGGCCCUAGCCAUGGGACGUACCGGUGGCCGAGUACUUCCAUCGCCCAUUUUGAACGGCUACAAACCAAAGGGAGCGCUUCAUUCUAGACAUUCCGAUUCGGACGACGAAGACUGGUGCUAGCAUAGGGUGCGUAGACGGCAGGGUGAACGCAAGCGUCGAGAACAGAUCUGGGUAUAAGGCAAUACCUACCCUGCCAUUAAAUGGAAGCAGUCCUUAGCAAAGCCCGAACGUCGAUGCUUCGGGACUUUAGCCGAUCGAUAGCAUGAUCUCCGAUAGCACCUAUCGAUACUAGCGGCAAUGAACUAUAAAAAAAGGGUUUAGCGAAAAACGUAGAUAAUACUCUUACGAUCGAUUCGUAAAUAUGCAAAACAUGACCAGUAACAAGUUUUGACCAGUCCCAAAAUUCCUAUUUAACAGUCUAAAAUGUCAUCUCCCACGCUGCACAUCGUCUUAUUUGAGGAACUUUCAAAUUACACCGGCACAAGGUGACCAUCCUACCGGUGGGCUUUUCAUAUGACCAGGUGAAAAAAAAAUCACCCACCAAGAAACGAAACAAACAAAACAUUCACGCAAUCCUCUAAAGGACAGACGGACUAGUUUCGUUCGCAAAAACCACAAAUAUCGAAGAACGAUCCCUAUACUCGAGACUGCUGCUGGUGGGUUAGGAACACUAAUAAGUACCGAGCAAAAAAAAAAAAAGACUGAAACACGAACAGUGGAAAAGAGAACAAAACAAAACAUAUAAAUGUAAAACUUUUACUGCAAGUGAAUCGAGAAUCGUCUUGCGAAUUAGAUUUCGGUCGAUAGUACGGUAGCGAAGGUAUGCGCCUAGAAACCACUAGUUAGGAUGAAAUUAGCACAUUCGGAGGGUAUUUUACCCAUUUGGUUAGGCUCAAGUGGCCACCCACAUGCACACAGACUAACAUACACACAUACACAUCAAUGCAGGGAAUUUUUAUGUAGCGAGAGAGAAAAAAACGAGCGUAGUAGAUCAGAGAGCCUAGACAGGAAGCGUAAAGAUUAUGUAGUAAACAAAAAAGGCACUAAAAACCCCACCUAGCAUUUUGUUUAUUCAUUCAACUGACCAGAGCGAGUAAGAAACCAUAUCUCACUCCCGUGUGCAGGGUUUAGCAAUGUGUAGAAGGUACUGUUCGUGAAAUAUUUUCGAAUGCAGUAGUACAGUUUCGCAAUAGCAUUUUCAAAACUUAUCAGCUAAAGCGUUUGCAAAACAAAAAAUAACAUCAUCGAAUGUGAACCGUGAUCCAUCGGUUUUACGCAAGGUUUAGAUAGUCUUAUACCGGGACAUGUGGAUCUCCACGGAGAGAGAGAGGAAUUUUUGGACCAGUGUUCUUACGCGUGACAUUACUAGCCAUAGUAGUUACUGUAUCUAGUGAUAUACAGGGAUUGCACAAUAUAGAAUUUUUGAUUUUAGUUUCCAUUUACGCCCCGACAAUGUGUCACCUUGUGUCCGGUAGUUCAACGUUUUAAAUUCUAACGGCGUAAGCGUAUAACUCUCUUCCACGGUAUACAACCCAACAAGCUUCAACAACAUUAAGCGACUAAAAGUAUGCAAUAAGGAAACAAAAAAUCUUCGUUAGAACCCUUGUUAACCGGUUGAGAUCCUCAUUUGCCGUAGGCAGAAUGUGGAAUGCGAAUUUAUUGCAUACCUUCAGGGUUAUACCGUUGGGAGGAGAAAUACAUACUGCCAAAUUUCGAUGCAAUGGGAAAUCAUUCCUUCACCAAACGGUAACAACCGCUUAGAAGUAACAAGAUACAUUACGAGUUGGUCCAAGCUGUACGAUGAUGGGUAACAAGCACUAAUGAGGUAAAUUGAAUUUGGGCACACAAAACCGAAAGGAAACGCUUCAAACAAACGGAAAUAUCUAAUAAGGGUCAGAAACAAAUGUUGAGCUAACAUUGUUUAAACUAGCUUUAAAAUUAACCAUUACUACAAAAUGUUUCAGUACUCGAAGCGAAGGCCAGAUUGGCGCAGGCCCAGAUUGGAAUGCAGCGUGGAUGUAAAUCUAAGAUGUCAGAAGCGAAAAAGAAAAGUUGCCAAAAAUUUGAUCUCUUUCCCAACCGUUUGCUGUACAUAGUAAGUCUUAAGAUUUGACUACAAUUUGACAACAAAAAAGCGUCAAAUCAAAAAUGGAAAAUCGGCCGAAUUUUAUUGCAAACCGGUGCUGCAAAUGUAGGGAAACGCGAACGUUACAAUAGAACGAUCGUUUAGCUUCGCGUUCUUUGUAACGCAACGUAAACCAAAACUUCAUCGGCGUAACACAGCAUUUCAUACAUUGUUAAACUGCCAUUUUUCCUCUUCUUAUACCGUUUCUAAUUGAACGUUUUUUGCAAAAACCAAACAAACGAUUAUAGAGUAACAAACAGGAAGUGAACAUUUGCCAAUCUAUCUAGAAACAAAAACGAACGCAAAAGCGAGCCGAAGAUGUAACCUUAUAUUUCGCCUUUCUAUCACAAAAAAAUGAUUGUUGUAUGGGGAAUUUCUUCAAAAAAAAAAAAACAAUAUUCUCCCCUCACCUCUAACCACGAAGCAUGCAACCUUCGUUCGUUUUUUCCUUCUAGAGUUUUAUUCUCCGUUUUUUCUCCGUAGAGUUGUUGUAGAGUUUCGUUAAACGACAAAUGUUGAGAUAGGUGAAACAUAUAAAGCUGAAUCUAACACGUUCAAUGUUUGCAUACAUUCGAUAGGACUUUUCCGGUCACGAUACGCUGUUGAAACCGAAAACGAAACAACCACACACAAAAAAUAACUUUGUCUGUAAAACAAAAUAAAUCUAACGAGAGAGGGAAAAGGAGUGCGAGGAAAGACAGCCAAAAACCAGUUCGGUGUAUGUCGUUAUGCGCUACUAUUAGCAAACCAUAUGCGUAGGGUAUCCGUUAUCAAUAGAGGAUUGGGCGGGAAAUCGUGAUUAACUACUAGCGAUGAAAUAAGCAACAGACGGUGUAGCACCAUAUCGAGAGCGAUACGUUUCUGGUCGUUGUAUGUAAACUGUUGUAUACUUCAUGUACAAGCAUCCAAAGCUUCAUCUGUUGCAUAAAUCAACCCGUCAUCAUAGCUCGUAUCGUAUAGUGUAAAACAGUAGCCAAUAUGUAAGGUACACAUUCGAAGCGAAUCGUCUUGAUCUUCUUUAACAAAAAAAAAACCUCCCAAACAAACAGUAAACAAAACGGAAGGCUCUAAACAAUAGUAACAUCGGCUUGUGUUUAUCCAACAUUCGACAUUCGCCCGGCAAAACUACUUACAAUAGUUGUCGUUAACGAUAUAACAACCGUAAACAAAGCAAAUAACAACAGUUCCAAUCUCAAUAGUGUAUGUAACAACCAAAAAAAAAACACGAAAACAAAAACCCUAUUGCGAACGUAAAAAAACCAAUCUCAUUACAUACAUGUUCCCAGAAACGAGCGAUUUAGUGAAGAAGAAAGCAACUUUGAAUCCGAUGUUGUACAUACAUUUUUUCUGUGAUACAUCAACGUUUAAAUCGUAUAGAAAUGAAACCAAAAAAAAAGACAAAGAAAGAGAAGAGGUAAAGUUACAUUAAAAAAAAAAACCGAAGAACGAAACGUAAACACUAAGGACGUAAAUUGGACACUCGACGAAAAUGUUUCUGCAUACCUCUUUCUUAUGUUGUUGUGCAUUAACGUCGAGUGCGUUGUAUUACAGCAAAAACCCCCCGAAAGCACCUAGCGCGUGUUUUUUGCGGUGGAAAACAAAACAUCACGUUUAUGUAGAAUUUAUAAAUAUAUAUUUAUUCUAUUGGAUACUCUAAUCCUCACUAUGAAUGAGAUUUAAAAAAAAGAAACCCGCAAAACCAUCAUACCAUGCCAUCACUAUGUUGCGGUGUGUGCAUGUUGUGCUAGAGCUAGUAGGGAAAAGAGUACUAAUCUCGAUUAUCCGUGUGUUACAGUUGCGCCGUCUAUAACACUUUGUCACGCUUUACUGUGUGUCAACUGUGUGCAUGCGAACAAGACUAACUGAGGGCUGAUGAUGGACUAGUGCCGUCACGCUUGGUGCGCAUGUACGCCAUUUGUGUUUGUGAGCGCUUUCGAAUCCAUGUGCUUGUUCGACGGCUUAUUACUCAAACCCGCCAAACACGGGUAUUUGCUUUUAACUGUAUCCCCAGUAAUGUGUCCAGCCGUUUGUAUGCCGGCGAACGUAUUACGCAUUCAAACACGGUUGAAGAUUUACCCUGUACCGAUGGACUCAGUACUGUCAACACCGUCAUGUCAUAGUAGAACAAAACAGCAUAGCAUUUUCUAAACAUAACCUUCGAUCCGUUUUCGAUUUUCGGUGACCGCAAAAUCCGCCAUUACUCUAUAGCUACCAUUACCGAGCAGUGCGUUUUAAGGUCGGUUUAAAGUAAAGGAAUGUAAAACCAAAUUUAUGAAAUACUAUUGUAACAUCCGGUCAGUAACAUGUUUGGCGCAAAAACAGCUUAAUCUAUUGAGGGUUUUUUUGUUUUUGGUUGUACAUGAACUGGUUUGCGACAGCUACGAGCAGCCAUUAAAACAAACAAAAAGGAAAUAAAUCAACCAAAAAAGCGAUAGCAUAAAAUUUAACAAAUAACAAUGAAUCAAAACGAA